AUGUCGAAAGCUAAUGUGACGUCGAACAUUAUUAGAUACAAUGGUCAAGUAAAAAUAUGGUUCUAUAUUGUUAUAGGUCUAUCAGUUAUAACAUUAGGAUAUUAUCUUAUUCAUUUUAAAAAGAUAUGGAAAAAUGGACCUUAUUUAUGGGUGGAAAUUUUCUUAUUUCUGAUGUGGCUAUCAUCCGGUCUUGCGAACGGUUACCCAAUAUACGGAGGUGGUCUAGUAUGUAACACUGACGACUAUAACAAAAAACCAUCUCAACACUAUUAUUGGGUAUGGUGUUGGUCGUAUGUAGCUAGCCUAGCAGUAGGAUGGAUAAAUAUCAUCUUAUUUUCGGUUUCUAUUUACUUUGCUCGGAUCAUUCUUCGCGAAAAGAAAAAGCAGGCUAUGUAUGAUGAGGUAAUUAAAAAAGAAGAUGAAAGCUAUCGAGAGCGUCGGAGAAAUGAAGCAAUUCAGGUUGAAAAUGAAUUAAGGCAUGUAGAACUCGUACACGAUGGAAAUGAAGUCGGGGAAAUUAUUGAGCUUGAAGAACUACCGAGGAGAUCAAUCGGAAAUAGCAUGUGA